AUGAGUUCCCGGCUUCAACAACCAACAAUGGGCUAUCCUAUGGCGACGUAUCAAACAGUUACUUCCACGACUUCAUAUCCACUUCCCUAUGCAUCAACAUCCGCCUAUACCACCAGUGUAUUUCCUCAGUCCACACCAAACUAUAGCCCUUAUCCAUCCACAGUUUUCAACACACUUUACACAGCAAGCGCGACGACUUCUUCAGGGACUGUGAGGCGUACAACGCGACAGGCUCCAUAUACUUCUUCAUUCCCCGUCAUAACAACCUCGUCUUCUACACAAGCCACCUGGAGCACAUAUGCGAACAGAAUAAAGGAAGGAAACACCUCGCUUUUAUUGCCCGCUAUUAGUAGGCGAAGAGCUCGUGCUGCUAACGCUAAUAUAAGCUAUGUAGAGGACUCGAGCGACGUUGACUUUGACGACGACGUAAGAUCAAACUCUGGUAUAGCCACACCCGGCUCUCGACUACCAAAUGCAAAAACGGGGACUGACGACAAGAUUGCACAGAGACGUUUCAUGCAAAAGACAAAACAUGUAUACAAAAAUCACAAGGAACUCGAGCGUAACGCUGAACAAAAGGAAGUCCUAAUACCUAUACGGCUUGACAUUGACUUUGAAAACUACAGGCUUCGAGACACAUUCACAUGGAACCUAAACGAAAAGUUAAUUACGCCAGAAGAUUUUGCCCAAAUAUUAUGUAACGACUUGGACAUUCCAGAGGCGACAUUCAUUCCAGUCAUUGCUUCAUCAAUAAAUUCACAAAUACACGAUUACGAAGCGGCGGCAGAAGUUGAAAUACCAGAGGAAGAUAAUCGAGUCGCAAUACAAAUCGAUGUUCAAAGUGGACGUCUAUAUCUCAGAGACCGUUUUGAGUGGGACCUAAGUUCAGACUUGACGCCCGAAGCGUUUGCCAAACAACUGGCAGCUGAUAUUGGUGUUGGAGGCGAAUUUGCACCUUUAAUCGCGCAUAACAUUCGUGAACAGCUUCUUCGAUUUAAGAAAGAGAGAUUAGUAGACGGGGAUAGGGAUCAAGAUCCAUUAACUACGGUGUAUAGACCAGUUGAUACUGCUGAAUGGGCACCCAUCUUAGAGACAUUGACGCCCGAGGAAUUAGAGAAAGUUGUAUUAGACAAAGAGAGAAGUAUACGACGGUUACGAAGAGAGAAUUCACGGGCAGGAGCAACGGCACGAUCACGCUCCCUACGACCAGGCACGCCACGUUCAUCGGGAUUGAAUCCGAAUAUACCUAGCUCACCUAAUCCUCGUAAGCCAGAAGGUAAGGCAUCGAGAUUGGCGCCAGAAGAACUAGAGAAAUGGCGAUGUCAGCAUUGUGCGGUUGAUGGACAUAAUACGCCGUUAGUGCGAAGGGGUCCUAAUGGAGCAAAG